UUUAUUCCUGAGCUCUUUUUCUCUAACGACCUGGAACAAUAAUCUGCUUGGUGAGAGCAAACUUGUCACCUCACCCGUCAGUCGUCGCUCCAGUCUCCCCUGUCUUUACACUGUCUGUGUCUCUCGCGGAUCCUAGCCGUCGGAGGGUCGUGGUUGUCUGCUCACCACCCCUGCUGCUGCUCUCCCAGGAUGUGUUAUCCUUCACCUCUGUCAGCCAACACUCGCUCAUGGUGAGCUCUUUUUCUCGCCGCCCUGGCGGCAGCAACAGGCAGCAGCAACCGCAGCAGCCGCGGCGUGACCUGCUGCGGCAGGUGAAGCGGCUGAAGCGAAACACGGAUGAUGGAGAGCGAGAGAGAGAAGCAGGGAGAGGAAGAAAAGGAGUGAGGGGGGUGAGGAUGAGAGCAUCCGCACGAUUCAGGCUCCAGGUGCCACGUUUGGACCUUCGCCAUCGCCUGACUGCGCUCAGAGGCGGCGUGUGUCGCCCAGCCCCGUGGCGCCAUCGCCCUAUUGCCUUCCUCUGCUAUGUCCUCUCAGUCAGUGCGCUGCGGCCUUUAGCCAACCGGGUGGCGCUGUAUCGCUCCUUCCCCAUGCGCUUCAUCUCUCGGACCUGGGGUCGCAUCAAUGAGGUGGAACUCCCCACCUGGCUGAGGAAGCCCCUGUACUCGCUGUACAUCUGGACGUUUGGGGUCAACAUGCAGGAAGCAGCCGUGGAGGACCUGCAUCACUACAGGAAUCUGGGCGAAUUCUUCCGACGGCGUCUUAAACCCGCGGUGCGGCCGCUCUGUGCAGCUUCCUGUGUGAUUUCUCCGGCAGAUGGGCGGAUCCUCCAUUUUGGCCAGGUGAAGAACUCGGAGGUGGAGCAGGUGAAGGGCAUCACCUACAGUCUGGAGACCUUCCUGGGUCCACAGCAGCACCUCAGCAACGAUUCCUCCUCCUACUCCCCCUCCUCCCCGUCCUCCUCCUCGUUCAAGGACCUCCUGCUGUCGUCUCCUGAAAACGACCUGUUCCAUGUGGUGGUCUACUUGGCUCCUGGUGAUUAUCACUGUUUCCAUUCCCCCACUGACUGGAAGGUGGCGCUUAGACGGCACUUCCCUGGCUCUUUAAUGUCCGUUAACCCUGGUGUGGCUCGAUGGGUCAAAGAACUCUUCUGUCUUAACGAGCGCGUGGUCCUCACCGGCCAAUGGCAGCACGGCUUUUUUUCAUUAACGGCCGUAGGAGCUACAAACGUGGGUUCCAUCAGGGUUUACUUCGACCAGGAGCUGCACACCAACGUCCCUCGCUACAGUAAAGGCUCCUUCCACGACCGCAGCUACGUCGCAGAGACCAUCAAUUUGUCAAAACCAGACGGGGGCGUGGUCUGUCUGGACAAAGAGGGCGUGGCCUUACACAAAGGCGAGCUUCUCGGAGAGUUCAACCUGGGCUCCACCAUCGUUCUGUUGUUCGAGGCGCCUAAAGACUUCAAAUUCAACCUGCUUCCAGGACAGCGAAUCAGAGUAGGGGAGGGGCUCGGCAGCCUCUGAUUGGCUGAGCCUCAUCGUCAGCCUGGGAACUUGUGUGAGCGAAUGAACCGACUCUGACUCUCAGUGCCUUCUGCCUCGUCAUGGGAAGAAAACACACCACAAAAAGAACGGGUUUUCAUUUAAUGUUGCCAAUAAAUAUUUGUUGUCUUUUAUGUUGAGAACCAUCAGAUACUGGAACAUUAAAGACGCCAGAUGUCAUCAAAGAACAAACGAAGAAGAACCGCUUUUUGAACUCCUUCUUUUUUUCUCCUGUCGGUGGAAGUUUGGUUUGUUUUUUUUUGUUUUCCAAAGACAAUAUUUUAUUAUUAAUGUUGUGUUUUUUACAUUUUUGUCUGUGAUAAAUACAUCAUUGUAACAAGGCCAGUUCAAUAAAUACACUUUUAUUCCCAG